GUCGGAAGCUGAUUUGAGCACUUUGGAUCAAUUUAAAUACUGACUCAACAUGUCUGGAAGAGGAAAGACCGGAGGUAAAGCAAGGGCGAAGGCCAAGACCAGGUCAUCCCGUGCCGGGCUCCAGUUCCCAGUAGGCCGUGUCCACAGACUUCUUCGCAAGGGCAACUAUGCUCAUCGCGUCGGAGCCGGAGCUCCAGUCUACCUGGCAGCCGUGCUUGAGUAUCUGACCGCUGAGAUCCUCGAGUUGGCCGGUAACGCCGCCCGUGACAACAAGAAGACCCGUAUCAUCCCCCGCCAUCUGCAGCUGGCUGUGCGUAAUGAUGAGGAGCUCAACAAACUCCUCGGUGGAGUGACCAUCGCUCAGGGCGGUGUGCUGCCUAACAUCCAGGCCGUCCUUCUGCCCAAGAAGACCGAGAAGCCCGCCAAGAACUCACUAAAACUCUCGCUUAUCAUGUCUGGAAGAGGAAAGACCGGAGGUAAAGCAAGGGCGAAGGCCAAGACCAGGUCAUCCCGUGCCGGGCUCCAGUUCCCCGUUGGCCGUGUGCACAGACUUCUUCGCAAGGGUAACUAUGCUCAUCGCGUCGGAGCCGGGGCUCCGGUCUACCUGGCGGCCGUGCUUGAGUAUCUGACCGCUGAGAUCCUCGAGUUGGCCGGCAAUGCUGCCCGCGACAACAAGAAGACCCGCAUCAUCCCUCGCCAUCUGCAGCUGGCCGUCCGCAAUGACGAGGAGCUCAACAAACUCCUCGGUGGAGUGACCAUCGCUCAGGGCGGUGUGCUGCCUAACAUCCAGGCCGUCCUUCUGCCCAAGAAGACCGAGAAGCCCGCCAAGAAGUAAAUCAGAAACCCCAAAAAACCAAAGGCUCUUUUAAGGGCCAAC